CAAGGUACCAGGCGCGUAGAACCAAGGGACUGUCCCUCCACUUUAUUGACAACGUUCAUUUUCCGUUAUUUUUGCAUGCAAAUUAAAUUGUUUGUACAUGCAAAACAACAUGUGUCUGGUUUCUACCCGAGAUUCAAACCCGGAGUGGGCUGUAAUCAUACAUUAGAUGUGUUUAUCAGACCCUUUGUGUCCAGAUAAAAUUGUUUGACUUAUUGAUUUCAAGAUUGUACGGAAAUGUGCACUUUACAAUAGUUCGUCGUCCGUGUUUACGGUGCUCAUGUGUUCAGGAUAUGAUAUAAGAAAUGCGGAAAGUACCAAAAUAUUACCUCCUCGGAGUAUUUCCAGCAGUUAAAUGUACUAUAUUUAUCAAAAUCCAUAGCACACUGUUCACGUUCAUGAGGAAAUGGAUAUAUCGUUUCAAUUGGUAAGGAUAUAGAAGGGAUCGGCUUGUCCCUGACAGCGGUUUUUUUGGUCGUUUCCCAUCUGAUGUUCUAUAGAAAAGUGCCAUCCAGAAUCACGCCGAAAGCUUGCCUAAGUGUCCGAGGACGACUUGGGAAUUUGAUGUUUCAGUAUGCAUUUCUUCAUAGUAUAUCUAAAUCUAAAGGAUUAUAUCCCGUCAUUCCGGACACAUUUGAGCCUGGAGACGUGUUUAAAAUCAAUAGAACAACAUUAAAACUAAUCGGUGAGGACGGCGCUGCUUGUGACAAAAUCCCGUCGUACACAGAACGAUGGCCGUGCUCGUUCGAUGACAGGCUUACCGACGUGCCAAUAUACCAAAGCGCUAAAUUCAAUGGGUAUUUCCAAUCCUGGAAAUAUUGGAUUCAACAUGAAAACAGUCUUAGGGAAGCGUUCCAUUUCCAGGAUAAAAUAGCAGAAAGAGCUCAAAAACAGCUAAGAGAUAUUCUAAAUACCUCAAAAUUUGUCUCCAGUAAUUCAACAUUAGUGGGAGUGCAUAUAAGAAGAGGGGAUUAUACGGCUAAACAUGUCAAUGACUAUGGCCAAAUAACACCAAAUGUCAGCUAUUAUGAGAACGCAAUCCAAUACUUCGAGGACUUGUAUCCAAGCGUUUUCUUUAUCGUUGCCUCGGAUGACCUGAUAUGGACCAAACAGGCUAUGAUCAAUAGAACAAACGUGCACAUUUCUGUAGGAAACUCGGGCCCCGAAGACAUGGCUCUCCUAUCUCUGACGCACCAUACAAUCAUGUCUGUGGGAACCUUCGGCUGGUGGGUGGCAUGGAUGACAAGGGGGACAACUGUGUACUACAAACCAGUAUUCGCCCCUGGAUCAUUGUAUGCAAGAGACUUUAAUCACGAUGUCAGUAAUUUUAUAUAUCCGGGGUGGAUCCCCAUGACAUGAGUGGUGUAUGUACACAUACUCAAAUUCUGCCUAUCAGAUGCAUAAUAUAUGUUUUCAUAAUUCAUACGUGUGCGUGUGUUUAAUCAACUUUCGAUGCUUUGGUAUAACAUUGAAAAGGGACUAUGGAAAGCAAUAGCUGGAAGUGGAGGGUCAAACAAACGUGUGGGUUUGAUAACUUUCACCGAUUUUUCUAUUUAAAAAAUUCCGAAAAGGCUUUUUUUCUAAACCAGCAUACAAAAAGCAAGACCCAGCUAUCCAGAUAACGUAUGCUAACGGCGCCAGCACUGGCUGCAUUGAAUUCCUGCGGAACUCGGGAUCCCCACAUCUCUUGUCUAUUUCUCUCUCUCUUUAAAAAAAAAUAAAAUGCAUAGUUGUUG